AUCUGCGGCCGUGUCCUGCUGCCACCCACGCCUAAUCCCACUCUUUGGUUUGGAUUUGGACACGCCUCUCUGAAUCUAAUCCCCGCAAGACAAGGGACAGGGAGGCGAAAAUCCCGUUAACCCCAGUGCAUUUGCCCAGAGGCCAGAGCCAGAGGGGGCGUCUGGGUGACGACGAACAGCCGCGGAGGGAGGAACCAAAAGCAGAAAAGCAUCCGUCUUCCAUCUUUGUGGAACGACCACCCCGACCCCGACCUCGGCCCGGCCCCCAUCUCUUUCGUUCUCCUACCACCCCUUCUUCUGCCAGCCUGAAGCUUUUCCUUCGUUCUCAACUUCUCAUCCUGUUCUCGGAGCGUGGGUGGAGGCGAGGACGCGGACAAAAGGUGGUGGUACGAUCUUGUUGGGUUCACGCCGUAUUCCUGGGGGGAGAGAGGGCGCCGCCGCCGCGCCGGUGAGACGCCCAGCCAUGGCAUUGCCGGUUCCCCUCGUCCGCCUGGCGCUGCUGCUGCUCGUCGCGCUGCCAUUCUGCGGCGCACAUCCCGGACCGGGAGGCUUCCCUGCCCCUCGUCACUCCCAGAGGCCCGCGCUCCACUCUGCAGAUGGAUUUGGCUUGCUGGCAAGGAGGUCAAUUGCUGAAGCUCCUACUGACAUCAACGUCACUACGAAUAGCUCCUUUGUAUUGGCGGCAGAUAGGACAUAUCGAAAGGAUCCCUUGAAUGGUUUCAGGAAAUACCCGGGCGGCUGGAAUAUCAGUGAAGUGCACUAUUUUGCUUCCGUCGGAUAUACAGCCAUUCCGCUGUUCGCUAUUGCUCUGGCGUGGUUUGUGAUCUUUUUCCUGGUUAUGCUUGGGAUUUGCUGCCGUCAUUUCUGUUGCCCGCAUCACACCUACAAGUAUUCUCGAACAGCAUAUGCUCUGUCAUUGAUACUUCUAAUAUUGUUCACUUGUGCUGCAAUUGCUGGAUGUGCUAUGUUAUACGAUGGCCAGGGCAAAUUCCACAAGAGCACAACAACUACUCUGAAGUUUGUUGUUAGCCAGGCAAAUUAUACUGUUGACAACCUUAGGAACCUAUCUGAUAGUUUGUCAGCUGCAAAGAGGAUUGACAUAGCAAAUUCCUUUUUACUGCCUCCUAAUGUCCAAAGUCAGAUAAAUGAAAUCCAAGGAAAGCUGAACACGUCAGCUACUGAUCUUGCUAUUAAAACAACAGAUAAUGCCGCGAGGAUAAAAAAGUUGCUAAACAGAGUGCGCCUUGCUUUAAUUGUCAUUGCAGCAGUGAUGCUUCUUCUGGCAUUUAUUGGCUUCUUGUUAUCCAUCUUUGGUCUGGAAUUCAUUGUCUCUGUCUUGGUUGUUAUUGGAUGGAUAUUGGUUACUGGGACGUUUAUCCUGUGCGGUGUCUUUCUUCUUCUGCACAAUGUUGUUUCAGAUACUUGUGUUGCGAUGGAAGAGUGGGUUGCUCAUCCAACAGAACACACCGCCCUGGAUGAGGUUAUCCCCUGUGUCGAGCCUGCCACAGCAAACGAAUCCCUGUACAGAAGCAGGCAGGUCACCUUCGAGCUGGUGAACGUGGUGAACCAGGUGAUCACCAACGUGUCGAAUAGAAACUUCCCUCCACAGUUGACACCUUUCUACUACAAUCAGUCAGGGCCAUUGAUGCCUCUGCUCUGCAAUCCAUUCACACCUAAUCUGAGGGACCGCAACUGCACCCGAGGGGAGGUUACCUUGUACAAUGCAACCCAGGUUUGGAAGAACUACGAAUGCCAGAGCAAAACCGUCUCCGGAGCCGAGAUUUGCGCCACCGUGGGGCGAGUCACGCCCAGCAUCUACAGGCAGAUGACGGCGGGCGUGACGGUGAGCCAGGGGCUGUACCAGUACGGGCCUUUCCUCAUCCAGCUGGAGGACUGCACCUUCGUGCGCGACACCUUCACGACCAUCAACCAGGGCUACUGCCCUGGCCUGGAGCGCUACAGCAAGUGGGUGUACGUGGGCCUGGUGAUGGUCUCGUCAGCGGUGAUGCUGUCGCUCAUCUUCUGGGUGAUCUACGCCAGGGAGCGGCGCCACCGCGUGUACAGCAAGCAGCACCAGCCGUACCCGCUGGAAGACAAGCCGGCGCCAACAGUCCCGGGCACCUGAUGGCCGUUCCUCCCUUGCCUGUGCCGCUGUGCAUACUCCGCGCUAGUUGGGUUUCAGUGAUGUAGGUGGAUGUACCCUGGAUUGUUCGUUUGCUUGCUGUUGCUGUUGCUGAUUUUCGUAGACGAAGCUGAUGUGCAUUCUCGUACUGACUGUAGCUGGUUUUGUGGUUCGAACUUGAGAGGUCAGACAGCAUGUAACUCCUUUAUGUUGGGAUUGGGCAUUAGUGGUGUACAGUCAUGAUCUGGAACUGUAAGAUUGCAUAUUUGCAUGUUCUUCAGUUCGUUUCUCUUCA